CCGCGACAGUUCACCCGGCGCCCCGUUUACAAAUGCAAAUGUCGCCUGGAUCGUAGAAUAAGAAUGAAGCCAAGCUUAUGCUAUACGUACUGCACCCUCUUCCUGGUGUUCCUGGUAUCCAGUUGCACGCUCUUCAUCAUAGUUGCCUCAGAUGCUCUGAAGCCAACGAUCGACAAAUCAGAGCGACAACACGACUUGCAUCCGCCAGAUGCUAGAACGGUGUCAAAUCCGGGGGAUCCCGUAGCGGGUGAAAAUUCCGCGAACGCGGCCAGCUUCACCGAGACAUCCUCUGAGGUGGCCGGACGGAAAGCAGCGCUGCGCGGAAGGCCAAACACGGUGCUGCAUACCGAAUCGUCUGCGGUGCAUUCAAAUGCCAAAAUUACCAAACCUCUGAAGCGUCCCUCACACGGCAGAAGGGAGAAAAAUACGCCCAAGAAGGACAUUCUCAUCGAAAAGCCGAACCUUCACGGCGAGCCUCCAGAUCUGAAGGAUGUUAUCUUUUUGGAGACCAUCUCGAAGAAUGUAGGAAUCACGAAUAGCGGGUUACAAGACAUUCCAGGCCCACAAUCGGUCGUUACGCUGGUGGACCAUCAGCGUCGCGAGCUGAGCAGUAUCGAGAACAAGCUGGAGGAGAAUCUGGAGGCCACACUCAAAAACUUGUCUCACAACAUUCACCCCGUUCCGGUGCCACAGACCGUCGUUCCGCCGCUGCUGCAGCACGGUGAAUCGGAACAGCUUCGGGAGCUUCCAACCGAGGCCAGCAAUCGAACACUCGAACAGGCGAACGGGACCGAAGCAUCCGAUGACGACGGUAGUAAUCGAACACAGGAGCAACCAAGUUUGGUGUUAGUUCCCGUCGAUGGCGGAACGCAUGUACCUUUCGCCCCAGAUGACGCCUUUCAUGAUGGCAGCGAUGUGGCAUCGGAUGGCGAACAAGUCCCACCGGACGGUUCCGAUAGUUCCGGGGUGGGUGAAGCUGGCAGUGAAGCACUCAAAGCCCACGAGGUGAAUCUCACCGAGGAGAACCCGAUGCCGGUGUUUAGCGAGUGGGCCGAAAAGCAGAUGGCCGAAGCGGAAAAGAAGCUCGGGGAGGUGGUAAACGCUUCGGCGAUGAGAAAGGCCACAAAACCGACCGGCAGCAAGACCGGCGGGCCGUUGAAGCCUCGGGCAAAAAACUAUGCCGCCCCUGAGUGUGGGGCGAAGAUUAUCGCCUCGAACCCGGAGGCGCAGAGUACGGGCUCGGUGCUGACGGCUCCGAAGGACGAGUACCUUCUGAAUCCGUGCACGAGCAAAAUCUGGUUCGUGGUGGAACUCUGCGAACCGGUGCAGGCGGAGCGCAUCGAGUUGGCAAACUUUGAGCUGUUUUCGUCCUCACCGAAGGACUUUAGCGUGUCGGUCAGCAAUCGGUUUCCGACACGCGACUGGGCCAACGUCGGGCAGUUUACGGCGAAAGAUGAGCGCGACGUACAGAACUUCCGGCUGCAUCCGCAUCUGUUCGGAAAGUUUGUCCGGGUCGAGAUUCUGUCGCACUACAAUCAGGAGCAUUUUUGUCCCGUCUCACUGUUCCGCGUGUACGGUACGUCGGAGUUUGAGGCGUUCGAAACCGACAACACUCCGGUGCUACCGGAUGACGACGACGACGAGCAGGGCGAUGAGUUCAUCGAACCGACGGAUGUGACUGAAGAUGAUUCCGUUCCUGUCGAAGGGCAAGCGGGGUCCCCACCGAUCCCGAGUGUCAAUCGUGCCGACGAGCGGGAUGUUGAAACAGGAACACAACCGUCGGGAACAAUGGAAAGACAACGAACUGUAACGUGGCCCGGCAAACACGAUAAGGACACCGACCGACCGGAGGGGAAGCCCCGCAACCCAAACAACAUUCUAAAAUCGGCCGGCGAAGUUGUGUUGAACAUGGUGAAAAAAGCGGCCGAAGUGCUCGGCAAAUCGGGCCCCGAAACCAAUGCUUCCUCGAGCCCCGGUUCACCCACGGGCACGACGGUACGGGAUGUGGUCCUCCCGACACCGGCACCGACCGGUAAUUGCUUUACCCUAGCUUAUACGAUACGUUGCGUUAACUGUAGCGACCAUUUUCGGGCUCGACUCGAGUCCACGAUGAAUUGCAAACACAAUCUUCUGACUAGUCUGCUAGGUGUGGCGCCAAUCGGACACUCGUUCGAUCGGGCGCAGCAUUUUCUAUGUGCCAACGUGUUAGGAUUUAACUUGCCACCGGCGGCGGGCUUCGGAGCCGAGGAAGAAGAGGUGUGUUUAAACAUGAGCUACAGCGUUUUGAAUCUGCUUCCGGACUGGCUGGUGGCCAGUUUCUGCAAUAUGGUUGCGUUCGAUCGCAAACUACUACAAACAGUCAGCGGUAGCGCGCCAAGUGCCGCCGUGGAUGCCGUCGAAGAAGAUUCACCGAAGGAUCGCGCCCUGGCUGGAGACAACCCGUACAGCGAGGCCAGCGGAUCGUUGAAAGGGGAUUUGGAAAAGGGAGAAGUGCCACCUCAACAGCAGCACCACCAGUCGGCUGGCACCGAGCAGUCGGUGGUAGAAAAGCACGAACCGAUCGCCAAAGAUCGCGAUCGACCAGACUCGCGAGACGGCGGCGGGGAGGAACCCAAAGCAUCGUCACACGAAGAGCCCGAGAAAGAUGAUGUCAAUAUGUUCAACAUCGCAUCGGAAACGCCUAAGGUCGGCGACGAAGGACAAUCGAGUACGGGUGAGGGAGAUGACGGGCCAUCAGUCGCCGGACAGCAGGAGCUACAGGAAAAGGAGGAUGCUGGCACGACGCCUGGUCCCUGGGAUACUGGGAUGGAUGACGGUGCGACAGGAACGGGUCCAUCAGGGAGUGGAAGGGAGGGAACACUGGAAGGAACUUUCCACUUGCCCGCAACGGUCGCACCCACCGGUCCGGCCAAAGUGCAACCUGAAAGCGUUUUCCUACGGCUUUCGAAUCGCAUUAAGGCUCUCGAGCGAAACAUGAGCCUGUCGGGCCAAUACCUGGAGGAACUAAGCCGACGCUACCGGAAGCAGGUGGAGGAGCUGCAACACUCGUACGCCAAAACGUUGCACGAGAUUGAGGAACAGAAUCGUCGUACGCGCGAAAGUGAGGCGAGCCUCCGGGAGGUGAACGAUCAGUUGCGACAAGAUUUGGCCCAUUUCCGCGCCACGGUCAUCGAGUGGCGCAAUGUAGCGUUUGCGGUCACGGUUACCAUCAUGGUGAUGCUGUUGGCACUGCUUGCUCUGGUGCGCUCACUGAUCGUUAGCGGACGUGCCACGCAUCGGGCGACAAUCCCACAACCGGCACCGAUUCCACAAAGUGUACUGGACCUUGAGCUGGCCCAGGUUGGGCUAGACGCCAAGCCAAUUCGUGGACGGAUGCUGCGAAGAAAAUCGAUCGAUGGGAUGCCCGUAGCCAGCAGCAACUGUGCUGUUGGUGCUGGUGGUGGUUCCGGAAGUGGUUCCGGUGUCAUGCUGAUCCACGACGAAUCGCUCUCGGGAGGUGCUCCGCUUUCUCCGGCCCGGUUGCGUCAGAAGCGUCCGAGUGAAGAAGCGCUCAACAUUAGCGGAACGUACGUAAAUUUGCUGAUAGACGAUGAUGUCGAGAAGCCACUAGGGCAGCGUUCGUCUGCGAUCGUGCCGGUUGCUAGUGCUCCGACCGGCACCGAACGGAAGAAAGGUAAACAUAAGCAUCGUAAAGUGUCCGCUCCGUCAAUGAUGACCGGGUCCUCGACACCGGUGAGUGAUGGCACCGUCCUUCGACACGAACUUCCGCGACGUUCCAUUUCGAUGCUGGAGCCACAUGAUCGCGGGGAUCAUAACGGUGGUGGGCCAAGGGAACCGCCAGAGGUUGACGGUAAUCGCAUCGAAGAGUUGCCGUUGCUGGAGGAUAACGACGAGUUUAUCAUUCCUACCGCGAGCGAUCUUUCGUACGAUGAGUUUAUGCCCGGGGCUCCGCCGGGUAAAGCGGAGCCAGUGGCAAAUGGCGGCAAAGCCGAAGACGGUGCAGUGGUGGUGGUGGAAUUGGCCGAUCUUAGCGAACAACCAGGGGGCGCUUUGGAGUCAAAGCGGUUGUCCAAAACACGUCGCUUGUCCUCGCCAGCAUUCUUCAAGUCGUCCAUCUUGCGAGCGAGUAUAGGGAAAAAGCGAUCGUCAAAAACAUCAUCCGUCUCGUCAUCGUCGGAAGAUGGUCGGCGGUCGUCGAAAAAGUCGACCAACAGCAGUCACAGCGCCGGAAGCAGUAGCCACACGAGUAGCAGUAGUAACAGUAGCAACAUAAGCAGCCACAACACAACCGUCAGUUCCGAAGGAUCGGCAACGAAGCAAGCGUCGGAAAGCGGAAAGCUGACCGGUAACGGGAUUAGUAGCCCAGUGGGCUGGGAGUGGUAUCGAUUGAAGCAAAAGAAAAACGGUAUUAGUCCACCGUCUUCUAGUCAAGAUGCCCAGCAGCAGCCCACCAGCAGUCCGGGGCGGUUGAAAGGAAGAGCGGAAAGUCUCGACGAAAGUGUGUACAACGGAUCGACGGAUUCGAGAAAGCUUUCGGUGUCGUUCAAUGGCGAGCUUCCGCCCGUGAAUGGUGGCGGUUUGGAUAGGAAAGCGAGUGGAAGCAGGGGCAGCAUACGGCGACUGUUUCGACGGGUGUUCUAGUGCGUCAGGUUUCGCUGACCCCUACAUGGCCCAACAACACGCAGACACGAACUAGAUCCAUAAAGAACGAUAUUAAAAUUUAUGAUAGACUGAUGACCAUCUAAGCGAAACAUAGC